AAUCUAGUUGGUUGGUGUAACCUUGGACUUCCCGCAACUUGUCCUAUUCGUGUGUGGAAUCUCAUUGUUGGUGUGGACAUCAUUCAAGUUGGUGUUUCAAAGCAACUGGAGGUUCCCACUUCAUUACAGCUGUGUUUCGGAGGGCUGGAGAGAGCGCAAGCACUACGUCUGACUCUGACAGCCAGUCAAAGUGAUAACCAGAAAGAUUUGGCUGAAAGGGCCGAAGACGAAACUACAUUUGAGGAGAGAAGAAUCCAGAAAGGCAUUAAGGAUGACACCUGCUACACUGGCACUGACAUGGUCUUUGCUCUCAAUAUGGACAGUAACUUCUGCUGUGCAGAUUGAAGAAGCUGAUCUCAAUGAGACCGUCAUCUGCACAAACGAUCAGAUGCAAGUUAUCAUUCCCAGUGUGUUUUUUCUAAACAAGGAUCCAGCUGUUUACGUUUGGGAUUUGCACUUGAAUGAUCCUGACUGUCGAGGUGUUGAGGUUGGGAACGACUAUGUCUUCAGCAUCAAGACAAACCUCACGGACUGUGGCACCAUUAUGGCAUCAGAUGAUUCUCAUAUCAUGUUCACCAACUCGAUCCGCAAUAAUGAAACCGAUAUCAUCACCAGAAGCUACAUCAACAUCACAUUUGGUUGUCGAUACCCAGUAAACUACAUGGUUCAGCACCAAAACGGGGGGAAUCUGAUCAGAGUGGAUGUGAGGACAAUCACUCUGAACACGGAGGAUGGAAAUUUCUCAGUCUCAAUGUUGCUGUAUAAAGAUGAAGCAUUUCAGGAUAAAUGGACCACUGUUCCUUCUCUCACACUUGAGGACAACAUCUAUGUCAAAGUUUACAUGAUUCCAGCAAAUCUUUUUCUAAGAGUGGACAGAUGUUGGGCCACACCAACCAGUGACCCUUACAGCAACAUUCAGUAUUUUUUCAUCAGGGACAGUUGUCCAGUGUUGUGGAAUGACCAGACACUAGCCGUGAUGAAGAACGGUCAAGGACCAGAAGCUCUGUUCAGGAUACAGAUGUUCAAGUUUGUUGGAAGCUCCUACACAGAUGUUUUCCUGCACUGCAACGUCCAGAUCUGUCAUAACACAGUGUGCCAGCCUGUGAGUUCCCAAGUCAUGCAUUGGUUUGAUUAAAUAAAAACACAGUAA